AAAUGUAAUAUAUUUUUCUUUUUUCAGCAUUUAAAUCAUUUUCUAUUAAAUUAGUGAAGAAUCACUUGUUGUUUUUUUCGUUGUAUUCGUUGUUGUUUUUUGCGCUUUACGGUCUAAAAUCCUUUGAUAAAGUUAUUGGCGUUUCAAUAACAAUUGACGUCAUCAGCGUGCGACGGCUUCAUAACGGGCGCAGUGUGUUUUUAAGCUAGCGGUGUCCGCGUUUCCUCUAAUAACGGAGAUAAAUAAACGCCGUGCGGUAGUUUGGUCGCUUGAAUCCCACACAGCGGCUGCAGCUGUGGCUCUCCUGAAGGCGGUGCUUGUCUUCCUCUGAUGGAGAAGCUGCUGCAACUUCCUCCAGAAGUUUGGGUCUACGUGUUCAGCUACCUGAGCACGGACGAGAAACACACCGUGCGCACCUGCUGCAGGUACCUGAAGAGGCUCAUCGACCACCCGUCCCUGUGGAGGGGCGACUCGGUGCUGCUGUCCGACCUGCGCCGCUACACCUACGGCUUCUGGGACACGCUGCAGCACCGCAAGCUCACGCGGGUUGCGGUGCGGCACCUGCGGCGCAAAGAGUGGCGGCGGCUCGUCAAGUUCCUGCCCUCCCUCACCGCCAUCGUGUUCGUGGACGGGGGGCGCCAGUACAAGGAGAAGUACCUGGACAACCUGUCGCGGUUCCCCGAGCUGAGGGACUUCGGGGUGCGCAACGCCACAUGGGACGAGCCGAUGCUGGGGCGGUGCCUGAGCGAGCAGCUGCAGGAGCGCAUGACUCACCUGAGCGUGUGCAACGUGCGGCUGCCGCGCACGGUGGACUUCAUCAACACCGUGUCCCACCUGGUGAACCUGCGGUACCUGCUGUUCCACCAGCAGGGGGAGGGCUACGGGCUGGACACGGUGAGGCCGGUGCCCUGCGGCGUCUUCCACGACCUGCUGCUGAAGCUGAAGAAGCUGAAGCACCUGUCCUGGGGGAUGAGGGGGGAGCCGCCGGAGCCGCUGCCGGAUGACUACCUGAGCCCCCCGGACCCGGAGCAGCCAGCCCGGUACGGCGGCCCGGCGCUGACCACUCUAGAGCUGGUGGAUUACCCAGAAACCAUCCUGCCAGAGAACGCGCUGAGGAGUCUGACCUCGCUCAGGUCGCUGACCGUCCGCUACAGGUACAUCAGAGAGGGCAUCGAGUGUCGCCUCAAGUCCUGGCUGGAUCCUCUCCAGCAGCUGGAGACGCUCGCCAUCAUCGGUGGUAAUUCUCUCGCUGCCUACACGACCACCAUCCCCUCCAGCGUGACCAGGCUGACCCUGCGUGUUGCCAUAACUCUGAAGGACAUGGACUCCAUCGCCCCUAAAGUCCCGGCACUCGAGCACCUCGACAUCGAGCAAAACCGCUCCAGCGGCAGCCUCUGCAGACGGAUCCCCAUGUUGUUCCCUCAGCUCAGGACGCUCCGGAUACGGUUUUUCCGUAGAGAACCGGAGAAAGACCUGCUGAGCCUGCACAGGCUGCGGCACCUGGAGCAGCUGGAGCUGCUGGUGGAGCGCUCGUUCAUCCUGAGAGACUACCUGAACGGCCACCCCUGGCCCAGCCCCUGCGUGCGGGAGCUGAUCAACCAGCUACGAGAGCUGUCCGAGAACAGGAUCACCGUCAUCACCACGAUGCGCCAGAGAAACCCGCUACGAGAGUGUGACUGCGUGUGGGAGGGAGACUAAAGACGGGGAGAAAAACCUUUUGGAAACUUCCUGAAGUAGAAAGACCGAGUCAACAUCAGAGUCGGGAACAGAAGCACUGAAUCAAAACAAAAAACCUGAGACUACAGCUGUUAUCAGGUGUCAAGACAGCCAAACAGGAGGCAACUGAAGGUGUGCGUGUAUAUAUACAUAUGUGUGUGUAUGUGUGAAUUUGAGUUGUGAGCAGUUUAGCUAAAGUAAUCUGCCAAUCUGUUCUAUUAAGGAGAACAGACUAAUCUAACGAACUGAAUCUGUCCGAUUUAAGGGCUUUUAAUGUGAAGCAUCUGCAGGAAAUGUUGAGUUAGACCGAUGUUAGCUUAGCAACAAUGCAAAAAACAUUAAAUUAAUUGGUGAAUUAAACUAGAAAUCAUGUUUUAAAAAGAGUAAAAAUGUGGGGAAUUUUACAUUUAGUGCUGUGAAAAUGCACAUUAUUUAUUAUGACGGCAGAUAAACGUGGAGUUUGUGUUAAGCAGGAAAUUGUAGCAUUUAGAAAUACAAGUCUCUGAUAUAAGCCGGUCUCAGAUAAAGGCCGGGGAUUAGUGCACUAUAUUGUUAAAUUAAAACCAGUAAGACUUGAGCCAGUUGUCAGGAGAUCAGGGUAGCCUUUCUUAUGUUUUUUUUUACUUUAUGACGCAGCACCUUAAGGCUGCAGCUCCUCUCGUCGACACUUUAUUGAGUUUCAUUAGUUUCUCGAUGUUUAAAGCUAAAAGUCUCACUUGUGUUGGAAGCGCACACACACCUGCAAAUCAUUGUUAAAACACGAGAUAUAUAUGCAGAUUCUUUGGCUCCAAACAUCGGUUUCAAACAGAAAAAUCCAUCAACUUCAUCCCAGAAAAUUACAGUUUCUAAAUGUUGCAGCUAGAGAUUAUUUUCAUUAUCUGUAAAUCUACCAGUUGGUUUCUUUAUUAAUCUCGUGGUCUCGUAACAGUGUCAGAUUUCCUAAAGCCACAGUCGUUGUCUUUAGAUAGCUUCUUUUGUUUAACCACCAAUCCAAAACAUAUUCAGUUUACUAUGAUGUAAAGAUGAAGGAAAGCAGCAAAUGUUUGCAGUCUUUCAAGAACAUUUUUGUUUUCAUUUGAAGCAUUAAAAUGGAAAGGAAAAGGAAAGUCAGGACAAGAAGCGAUUUCAGUGUUUACUUUAAAUGACGCUAAUGAUUAAUAUUCUGGUUUAAAUGUUUUGCUCCAGACCGGUUAUAGUUUCUGAAACUGGACCUGGAAGCUGGAGUUUAUUAUUUUCUUUU